AUGGAGAUUUUCUCUCCGAAAGCCUUCUUGGGCGAAUUCAACAUGCGGUUGAAGUGGUGGAAAGAUGAGACCGCUGAUGCAACUGUUUUGGCUGCUCGCCUUGAGCGCUUCUCGCAACGCACGACGAACGGUGAGCUGUGGAUGAUCAAGCUGGUUUUUGAUGGGAAAGACUAUUUCUCGGAAUGGAAGCCCGAUGUUUCAACAGCCGUAACACAGGCGAUUCAAGAGUUCCGUGUGCAUCCUGACACAAAAGACUGGUGGGACAGGUUCCCACAGUCAUCCAACAUGAAGCGGCGAAUGCAGAAUCUGCCCUGCAACGACAGCAAGAAAGCCAAGACAAGGGCUGGCAGCAAGCAGGUAUCCACAACAUCAGGCCAGAGCGAUGCUGGGCACUGGAAGAUGUUGUGA